ACACACACAACAACAGACACAUAAAUAUACAUAUACAAGAUAUCUCAAAACACAAAAUGUCAAGUUGUAAACCCCCUGUAACUAGAACAGUGGGUGUACAAUAUCUAACUGUUGAGCAACCUUCCAGUUUUUCCCAGCUGACCCAUGUAGGCUCAACUAACUUUGAGAGCAUGAGCAGCUGGCCAAUGAGGCAUCAUGGUUAUUUUAGUCACCACAUGCUUUUGGAGAUAAAGCAGGCAGUGAUUGGCAGAGCAGUGUAUGUGUGCCACAGAGUUUUGGGGAUCACCACAGUCGAUGCAUCGUAACUGAACCGGUUGGAUUUUAAAUCACAUUACAUUUCUCAUACAUAAAUACGGACAAGUAAGAGAAAGGAUGGAGGCAAGCAAUGAAACGGGAAAGAAAGCGGAAGAUAGAGCUCACGCUCUAAAUAUAAAUAUGACACCAGACACUGAUGCAGAGCUCACAGCAGAGGCUUCCCAGUCACCCUCCACACUCAUUGUCCAAGGUCUGUCUGAUGCCUCUGCAGUGAACAGAGAACACAACCCUAGGGUCCCACCUGGUCCUGCCACAGAUAAGGAGAAUGCUAUUAAACCAACACUUCAGAUAACUUUUAGCACAUUCACCAUCAAGAAUGGUGAGGAUCUUAAAGUAGAGAUCCCAGUGACUGGGCACCCAGCACCAAAGAUUGAAUGGAAAAGAGGUGGUCAGGCAGUUAAAGAGACAUCAAGGCUAGAGAUUUCAACUACACCCUCAUUAACAGUUCUUCAUAUCAGACAUGCUGCCAGGGAGCACUCUGGUCAAUAUUCUGUCACAGCAAGCAAUAGUGCAGGGAAAUCUACAGGAGAAAUCACUGUGGUUGUUCUUGAAAAGCCGGACGCACCCUCUGGACCUGUGAGGAUUGAUGAAGUCAGUUCUGACUAUGUCAUCAUCUCCUGGGAGCCACCUGAAUAUACAGGAGGCUGUCAGCUGGACAACUACGUAGUGGAGAAACGUGAAAUCACAAGUACAGAGUGGCAGACUGUGUCAGCAACAACAGUAAGAACUACAAUCAAAGUCACCAAGCUGAAGACAGGAAGUGAAUACCAGUUCAGAGUGUUUGCAGAGAAUAGGUACGGUAAGAGCACUGCAAUCACCUCUCCUGUUGUAACUGCACAAUAUCCAUUCAGUGUGCCCGCUGCUCCUGGCACCCCCUUUGUGUCCACAGUGACAAAGUACAGCAUGGUUGUUGAAUGGGAGCCCCCAGCCAAAGAUGGAGGCAGCCCCAUCAUCGGAUAUCACCUUGAACGCAAAGAGAAGAACAGCAUUUUAUGGACCAAGCUGAACAAGCUUGUUAUAUCUGAUCCUCGCUUCAAAACAAGUGGACUGGAGGAAGGGAUUGAGUAUGAAUUCAGAGUCUUUGCUGAAAAUAUUGCUGGACUCAGCUCACCUAGCAAGGUAUCUGAAUGUUAUGUGGCGAGAGACCCCUGUGAUCCGCCUGGUAAACCUGAAGCUGUUGUCAUUACUAGAGAGAACAUCACACUUCAGUGGGCAAAACCCAGGUAUGAUGGUGGAAGCACCAUUACAGGCUUAUGUUGUUGA